ACCCUUUACGAGCCCCAGCCCCGAGCCGAGGAGGCCGGCGCUGUGCCGAUAAGCGCCCUGCGGCCGCCGCCAGGCCGGGGCAGCCCGGCGGAGCAGGAAGUGCAGCGGGGCCUGGGUGCGCGCCCAGCCCGCCGCAGUUCCGCCUGGGCUGCGCCGGAGGCAUGGCACGGCUCUGCCCGGCUGCCCCCCUGCUGCUGCUGGGCACCCUGCUGGGGACGGGGACCCCCCUAACGCCCGGCUCCCCGCUGCCGCCGGGCCCCUUGCUGCUGCUGGGCUCGCUGCUGCUGCCCGCCCGCCCGGCGCUGGCGGGGGGCCCCGUACCCGCGCUGCUCUGGUCGACCGCGAGAUCCCAGUGGAAUCCAGAGCCUGCUUUGCAUGAAGGACACAUUGUCUCAGCACAGGAGCUGGCUGUACUCUUGCAACCUGUUUUUAGCCCCAGUCCCAGAAAUCUUGUUUUGUUCCUUCAAGAAACGCUUAGCAUAGAUGAUUUCACAUACUACAGUGAAUCCUAUGGUAACAAGAAUCCAUUUCAAAAUGUUCAGGAAAUUCUUCAGUCUUCUCCUUCAUCUCUAGUUUUGCCUGCUGUUGACUCCAAGGCUACCAGGCAACUUUUGAGCUUUCUUCAGGAGUCGGGAGAUUGGAAUUUAACAAACAUGACAAAUCUCGAUGUCUCUCACCUGGAAGUGAAUACAUCUAAGCCAAACUUACUUGUGGUUCAGCUACAACCGCUUGUCAGUGGCUUAAGUGAGAUUUCCACCCUGGAAGCAAUGGCUGAAAAUGACAAAAUAAUUGGAAGACUGACCAUGGAUCUGGAGGAACGAGGGAUUCAUUUUUCAGCAAUUUAUACUGCAGUGAGACCUUCAAGGAUUUCUAGAAGAACUGAAACGAUGUGGAAUUUAAGACGACAGUUACUGGCCACUGAGGAAGACAGUUCAUCAUAUCCUCCUGUGAAUGUGACCAUUGGAAAUAAUACUUGCAUCCUUUUUUAUGCUGGUAAUUUCAGCCUCAAAGCCAACAGUUCAGUUUUUAUAGAUUUGACAAAUGCAACAUUUGUAGUCCAGAAUGUGGACAUUUCUUCCUCUGUGUGCUCCAACGUCAACACAACACUGUCAUUAAAAUACACAAAGCCUGUGAAUGGGAUCAACAGCCUAGAGAUAAGGUUUAUAAUGACCAACAAGUUCUAUGAAGGCUCAGCUAGAUAUUGGUCCACUUUGGAUUCAGUUGAGAUUAAACAAGAUGAAGGAAAAAUUGCUACGUUUAAUGUUUCUGUCAUCUCUGCUCCUGCAGAGUAUUCAUUUCAUUGUCAGCUGGUGGGAACAAGCACUCUCUAUCCUGCAAGGCUGAUUCCAUCCAACAGUGAAGCAAGUAACUGGGAUGUUUUCAUUUCCAGUUUCCAACUUCAAGGAUUCAAUGUGGAAAAUGGCCAGUUUUCUUACGCCAGUGACUGUACGGGUUUCUUCUCUCCUGGAAUCUGGAUGGGCUUGGUGACAUCUGCAAUUUUACUGUGGAUCCUGGCCUAUGGAGUCCACAUGAUCAUGCAGCUCACAGCAAACAGCAGAUUUGAUGAUCCCAAAGGUCCUGCUCUGUCAGUUCCACAGACAGAAUAGCCAUGGAUUGAUUUAGUUAUAUGCUGCUUCAGAUUCUCCUGGGUUGAUAUUUAUGAUUUUUAUUACCCUUCUACUUUACAGUAUGUGUAACCUAAAAAGAUAUCAUAGCAGAAUGGGAUAAUCAAACUACAUAUUAAAAUUACCCUUAUGUUUGGCAAUAGAAAUAAUUCUGCUUGUUAUUACCAUGAUUUUUUAUUAAUGUGUUAAGGUCUGAGGUGAGGUUGUCAAAGUUAUUACUCUCUCUGGCUAUUACAAAGACCAGUACAAACUGCUUUCAUAUUAUAUAUUUUUGGCGAAGAAAGAUUAUCGCAACAGAGAAAAAUGGGAAGGACUUAUAAAUAACUUAUUCAAUAAGAAAUUAAACUUAUUAUCAUACUAAGUAUGAUGAAAUGUGCAGUGCAGACAAUAUGUUAACAGAGAUAAGGUAAUUUUCUUAGCAUUCUUUUUUCUGGGUAUAUUUGAAGUAGUUUUGAAGUUUGUACAGAAAAGGAGAAAAAACCUAUAAAGUCACUAGAAGCACUGUGCGAAGGUACUGUUUAAGUCUGAGCAUGUUUAUGGUCAUCUCACUGAUUCCAGAAGUCUGAAAACACUCAGUUUGAUGAAUUCCUUUGCAAAUAAUAAAGGUACUACAGCCUCUCACUGGGAAAUCUGA